AUGAUUGAAGGUAUUGUCACAGAGAAAGACUCCUUCCAAUCCUCAGAAGGAUCCCUAGUUUUAGCUUCUUGCUCUCUUCUCCUCUGUUAUGAUUUCAUACAAAUGUAUAAUUUGUGUGAAACUUUGUUGUUUGCUGCUCACUGCAUCCUGACUUGGAGCAAGUUUGGAAAAAGAGAAGUAAGAUGUCAACAACUCAAGAGAGUUAAACCUUUCCACCCUAACAUCAAUAUGCAUAUUCUCCAUACUUGUCUCUAUACUUUCCCAAGGUGCUGUCAAUGAGAAUUUGUUUAACAAUCAAGAGCUGCUUAUGUUGGUGUUCAUUUCCUUUAUUCUCAUGACCUUACUGUGUGAUUCAGUCUCAGAUGCUGGUCACUCUUCAGAGCCAAAGAAAGAAUACACUGAACACUUAAAAGUUGCAGCAAGUCAGCAAAUCAGACCUGCUGUACUGAGAACUGUGUAUUUCAUCAGGAAAACUCUGACACAAUAUUUAAGAUCAGAGCGUUUCUAG